AUGAUAAUCCAGCAACAAGCACACACAGCGCACGGUGAAACUUCUCAACAUUCGUCGCAAAUAUAUAUUAUGUAUUUGCCCUUUGGGUUGUGUAUGGAGGAAACUAUCCUUCGCGUGCCACACAGAGAGAGAGACCUGUUUCUUAUCAGAGAAGGUCCUUUAAUCCUAUUCUUGCCGGGUCCUUAUAAUCAGAUCGUUUCCUGGGGAGAAGUUUCAAUUCCCGGCACUACGCUCAUCCGCUAUUUCCCCAAGCCUAUUCCUACCGGUGUCAAUUUACCGUCUACGCUUCAUUUCUUCCAAUUUGUAUACCCCACCGACCACUCACUCAUUAUAAUGUCCCCUGUUUCUCACUCUUGUCAUUCCUUCGUGGGCACUGCCGAUUCCAGAACGUUCGUUUCCACCGGCUUUGAGCUCGACUGUACAAGAAAAUCGAUAUUUUAUAACUUUUGGAUAUAG